UUAGGGUUUCACGCUUUCCACCCUCUGUCAAGUCUUCGUCUUCUCCUUUGUAUUUUCUCUGGUUUUUAGCCUGCUUAUCAAUGGCUGCUGCUCAAGAGGUCGUUGCUGGUUGUCAGAAUGGAGGUUCAGAGAACGGUGGUUCAAAGGCCGUAGGCUUUAAUGGCCUGAAACCCUUUUUAAUUGUGCCGGCCCCCAUGGCCUGUGAUGCCGUAAAGUUUUACAAGGACGCAUUUGGUGCUGAGGAGUUGGAGAGGUCUGUUCAUCCCAAGAGAAAGGCGGAUCAGGACCUCCCUCUUCUUGCCUACGCUCACCUGAAGCUCGGACCCGCUGAGCUCUUUGUGUCUGAUGAAACUGAAGAUGCCGGGGUUAAGUCUAAUGCCACUCUUGGGGGCACUUCCCUUAUAAUGUGGCUGGAGACUGAGGAUAUGGAGGGCGCCAUUGCAAAAGCUGUGAAAGCGGGUGCCACUGUGGAGGCCGAGGUUUCUGAUACCCCAUGCGGUGCUGGCCGAUACGGGAAGGUGAAGGACCCUUUCGGCUACAUUUGGGCCAUCUCUACCCCUUGCCCUGUGGCUGCUGCUACCCCAGCCGUCGAUGUAUCAGGCAUCGGACACGAAGAUGUCCAGGCCUAACUUCACUUUCUUUGUCUCGCUAACUUGGUGUUAGGUCCCCACAAUAUUAAAGCUCUCUUUUGUUGUUCUGGGUUCUCCUUGUGUUGCGACUUGGUGGUUGCAGAAAAGACACCAUACUUUGACUUUAAUGUGGUCGUGGGCCAUUGUUUUUUGUUUUUCCAUUUAGCAUAGAUAUACUGGAAUUUGGAAAUGUAAAUUUUGGACCGGGAGGUACUCUCUCUCUCUCUCUUUCAACCCAUGGUAAUCGAUGUUUACUUUCGUUUCGCA